UGAGUAAACUGUGAAACCUCCGCAUCCUUCCUUUGGAGAAAGUUGCAGAUCCAGUUGCCGUCCGUUCCAAUAUGCGUUUCGUCUCUGCUGGGUUUCUGGCAAUUUUGUCGGCAUCGGUAACGGAAUUCGCUGCAGCGUUUGUAGUCCGGCAUCGUCGACACGAGCGUCAAUUAGUAAUGACAGACCAGCGCUGCUUUUCGUCCGUCAUACAGAAAGCUUCGAAUCAGGAAGAGGAUGAGCCAGAUCUUUUUGAAUACUUUGAUCCUUUGCUCAGCCCUCACGCCUAUCCGAACGGAAUCUCGCCGGACGAAAAGCCGCUGGAUCCCAAGGCUGCGGCUCCUAGACCUUUGCCAAAAAUUGGCAACCCAGUAGGUUUCAAUCUGAACGGAUCGACGACGAAGAGAACGACAUCAGAGAGCGCCACAAAAUUGGACAGGGAAAAGAACUUUCGGGAAACAGAAGCUUUCAAAGAUCGACCAGCUGUAGACACUUCGGUAGUUUUUGAUCCGACGAUUUCACCACACGCGUACGCCAACGGGACACCGGACGUUGUGGUGGGAGACGAGGGCACCGUUUACAUCGAGUCGUCGUCAAACACGAUCUCUGCGACAACUACGACUAGAAAUUCACGUAAACUUGGUGUCCUACUGAUCGAUCAUGGCUCUCGCAAAGAAUCUUCCAACAAGCGUCUGCACGCCUUGGCCGAACGCUAUCAAGAAACCGUUGCUGAUUCGAAUACAAUCGUGACGGCUGCGCACAUGGAAAUUGCGACUCCGUCCAUUGCCGAUGGGAUUGUGUCUUUAUUGGAAGCGGGAGUGGAUGAAAUUAUUUGCCAUCCUUACUUUCUUAGUCCAGGACGGCACGUCCAAGAAGACAUUCCUCAAAUUGUACAAGCCGCGAUAGAUGAUUUGAAAACUGAAAUUCCGAUUGUGACAACACCUCCAACCGGCUCGAAUACAGACUUGAUGAUAACGGCAAUGAAUGGACUGGUGCAAGAAGCAUCCGCGUCGCUCAAAAGGACCUAA